AUGGCACACUCAUCCUGCAGCAGCGACAGAUCAGACAGCACAGCCUGCAGCUCUGAAUCAAACCUGAGCCUCUCUGUGGGUUAUUUCCCCUGUGAAGACACCUUCUCUUACGAGAACACCAUCUCCUGUGAAGACAUGUCUCCCAAGGGUCCUUCAAUCCUUGUCCCUCCUAUCCAAGGGACGUGGAGGACUGAAAGUACAGGCAGACUCCUGAGGAGACGAGACCAAAUUCGGGACGACCCAAAGCAGUUUUGCAAACUCAGCAUCACCUUGGCCUGGGAUACUGACAUAGGCUCUAACAAUUCAGACUCCAUAGCCAGUUGGGACAUAACUGGAAGCAAUCAGUGGAUAGACAAGUACCCCGAAGAGAACACACAACUGACUCUCAGCAAACUGGACAGUCUAGUGCAAAAGCUUGAGAAAUUUCUAGAACAUCAGAAAGAUGAGGAAGGUGGUGACUCUGCCUUCCCUGGAUCUGCUCAGGAGGAAGAUUUCCAGUUGUUCAGCAGUCCCCCUCCAGACAUAGCUCAGAUGAUAAGCCAGACAACUGGCAGCCAAAGGACAAGCACUAUAGAGACCUCCUCGGUCUCAUCGGGUCAGCUAGAGGAGGAGGACGCUCAUUCCAGCACACAGGCCCUCUCCUGUGUGAACUUCAGGGGGGUCUUCCGCUGGCUAAGACAGCAAGUCCUCGCCUCGCUUCUCAGGAGACCACACCCCAAGGAGGCCACUGAGAGACCCCAACAGCUGGCACAAAAGAAAAGACUCUCUCACAGAAGCAAGAGAAUCCAACCUCAAGAUGCCCUCGAAUUUAGACACCCUCUAUCGCCAGAUGUUUUAACCUUUUGA